GGACUCUCUCCGCAGAAUAAGACGGUGGCUACGCCCAACCAGGGCGUGUGGGACAUGAGGGGGAAGCAGUUCUACGCCGGCAUCGAGAUCAAGGUCUGGGCCGUGGCCUGCUUCGCCCCCCAGAAACAAUGUCGGGAGGAUCUGCUCAAGAGCUUCACAGACCAGCUGCGAAAGAUCUCGAAGGACGCUGGGAUGCCGAUUCAGGGGCAGCCGUGUUUCUGUAAAUACGCCCAAGGAGCCGAUAGCGUGGAGCCCAUGUUCAAACACCUCAAGAUGUCCUACGUUGGUCUGCAGCUGAUCGUGGUCAUCCUGCCCGGAAAAACGCCGGUUUAUGCGGAGGUGAAGCGGGUCGGGGACACGCUGCUCGGCAUGGCCACCCAGUGCGUCCAGGUGAAGAACGUGGUGAAGACAUCGCCUCAGACGCUCUCCAACCUCUGCCUCAAGAUCAACGCCAAGCUGGGAGGCAUCAACAACGUCCUGGUUCCUCAUCAGAGGCCGUCGGUGUUCCAGCAGCCCGUCAUCUUCCUCGGCGCCGACGUCACACAUCCUCCGGCGGGUGACGGGAAGAAGCCGUCCAUUGCGGCGGUGGUCGGCAGCAUGGACGGCCACCCCAGCAGAUACUGCGCCACCGUGAGAGUCCAGACGUCUCGGCAGGAUAUGUCCCAGGAGCAGCUUUUCAGUCAGGAGGUGAUCCAGGAUCUGACCAACAUGGUCCGAGAGCUGCUCAUCCAGUUCUACAAGUCGACCCGCUUCAAGCCGACGCGCAUCAUUUACUAUCGUGGCGGCGUUUCCGAGGGACAGAUGAAGCAGGUGGCCUGGCCGGAGCUGAUCGCCAUCAGGAAGGCCUGCAUCAGUCUGGAGGAGGACUACCGGCCGGGCAUCACCUACAUCGUGGUCCAGAAGCGCCACCACACUCGUCUCUUCUGCUCCGACAAAGCCGAGCGGGUGGGGAAGAGCGGCAACGUUCCUGCCGGCACCACGGUGGACAGCACCAUCACGCACCCGUCCGAGUUCGACUUCUACCUGUGCAGCCACGCUGGGAUUCAGGGAACCAGCCGUCCCUCCCACUACCACGUCCUGUGGGAUGACAACUGCUUCACGGCCGACGAGCUGCAGCUCCUCACCUACCAGCUGUGCCACACCUACGUCCGCUGCACGCGCUCCGUGUCCAUCCCGGCGCCGGCCUACUACGCCCGGCUGGUGGCCUUCCGGGCCCGAUACCACCUGGUGGACAAAGACCACGACAGCGCUGAAGGCAGCCAUGUUUCGGGCCAGAGCAACGGCCGGGACCCCCAGGCGCUGGCCAAGGCGGUUCAGAUCCACUAUGACACCCAGCACACCAUGUACUUUGCCUGAGCUCGACCACGGCAGCCAGUCCACCUGUGGAUCCACUUUCUGUCUCUUUUUUUUUUUUU